AUGACUAUCCGUAAAACGACUACCGCCAUUGCUCUUGCUCUUCUCUGGGCUCCGAAUAUGAACCAGGCCUUUCAACAGAGCCAUGUUCCUGUCCACCGCCCGUUGUCGGCGUUGACAGCGGUGUCACCAGGUGAUGCUGCUGCCAAUGACAGUUCCGCAUUAUCGCUGGAUUUCGAGGCGUUGGAUCGAAAGAAUGCCUCCCGCAAAAAGUUUGGACUCAAGCCCGUGACACCGGAAGAGUUUCUCGAGAAUGAAGCCGCGGUGGCGCAAAUGGCAUUGGAACAGCAGCAACGAGUAGUGGAGCUUCAGCAACAACGACAGAGUCAACCAACCCCCGCAUUCCCCGGAUUCCUCGACAAGAUGUUGGACAAUGUCUUGCCGGAUACCUGUGAAAGUAACUUUGAUUGUGAAGCGCCCAAGGUUUGCUGCGACUUUGGUGUCAGCAAGGUCUGCUGCGCGGGAGGACCCAAGCAACGAAGCCGUGAGGGAGAAUUGGCUUUGGUGCCUGUUCCUGUGGAUGUCAUGCCUCCCAACAACCGGUAUUAA